AGCAGUUUGAAGUGGCGAUGCAUCCAUUUGUUUAUAAAAAGCGUAUCAAAGCUCGGCCUGACUGAACCGUUCACUUAUAGCUCGAUUUCCACUAUAUAAACACAUGUGGCAUCAUCAGUCAGGAAGUGGUGAUGAAAGGUUUGAAAAGCAGAAGUGUGUCUGGCCUAAAGCAGACAGUCAGACAGAUAAAGCCAACGUUCAGCGGAGACUCUGGCAUCCCUGAGGUAAGAGCAUUAGAUACAGAUACAGCUUAAAAAUAUUUUAGACGACUGAUCUAAUGUUAGUAUUUAAAAUGGCACACAGAAAAGGGCAACCCCAGUCUGGUUAUAUAUUUUAACCCUUUAGUAAUCUAAUUUAAACCUAUAUGGAGCAUUUAGAGUAUUUCACUUGCACUUUAUACCUUUUCUUUCUGUACUUGGUCUAAAAGAAGAUAGGAACAACAUGUUUAGAGUUGGCAAACCCACACAGCUGACAGAUUUCUUGCUUGGCACAAAGGGAAACCUCAAACAAGUUUCAGUGCAGAGAACAAAAAGGAAAGAGACUGUUUAUUCUGUCAGAGAUCAGUUGAUCUGUGAUUUGAAGUUCAGACGCAGCUACAGAAAUUAAAUCUAAUCAUUUCUCCCACAGCAGCGUUGGUAUCGUCAUGACAAGCAACUGCUCAUUUGAAAAUGUGGAUCACCUGAUGAAAUAUCUGGAGCUGGUUUUCUACAUCCCCAUAUUUGUCUUGGGUCUGAUUCUUAACGUCAUGGCUCUUUUUGUUUUCUGCGUGGCUCUGCGGAAAUGGACAGAGUCAACAAUAUACAUGACCAGCUUGGCUCUGAUGGACCUGCUCCUCCUUUUACCUCUACCCUUCAAAAUGCACGCCACCAAUCACCGCUGGCCUGCAGACUUACAGCGUCUCUGUUCAGUUUUGGAAGCCCUGUACUUUGUUGGGAUUUAUGGCAGCAUCUACACCAUCAUGUGUAUAGCUGUGGACCGAUGGGUGGCCAUCUGCCACCCUUUUCGAGCCAAACAACUACGUUCGCCUAAGAAAGCUCUGGGAACCUGUUUGGGGGUCUGGGUGCUGGUUCUGGCAGUGAUCUCCCCGACCAUCUAUCAUCUGAGGGAGGCUAGGGAGACAGACUUCCACUGCUUCCACCAGUUUUCACAGAAAGGCUGGAGUCCCUCUAUGAUUAUCUGUUUGCAGGUGUUUGGGUUCCUGCUGCCGGCGCUGCUGGUGGUUUUCUGCUCAGUUCAGACCAUCUGGGCUUUGAGGCAGUCUGGAAGACUAAGCCCACAGAGCCAGGCCUGUGUGAAGAUCAUCUGCAGCAGCCUGAGCGCCUUCCUGCUGCCCUUCACCCCCAGCCACCUGGCCAUCCUCCUGCAGUUCCUGGUAAGAUCAACUAAGAGUCUUUUAACUCAACUCAGAAGUCAGGGUGAUGAAAGUGAAAGUUCUUUUCUGUUGUUGUUGCUGUAGUGGAACUUUCCACUACUGAUCUCCGUCAGCAGUUUAGAAGAAAAAAUUACAGUCAUUCACACAAGUACUUGUUGAAAGAGUCAUCCUAAAAGACUUAAUAUCUUUAAAAAGCACUAAGAAGAUGCUCAAAUUCUCUCUAUUAAACUUUUUCUUUUACAUGGUUCACAAGACAGGAAGGUAAAUGUCAUAGGACUCAGUUUGAAUAAUCAGGCCCCUCUUUUCUUGGAUCUACCAGCUGAGGUCUAGAGGCCUGGGCUGGAUCUUAGUUAGACUGCUGGGGUCUUUUCUGGGAGUCCCUGUGCUCCAUCAUGUCGUAGGUUCCUCUGGAUUGCUGCUGUAGAUGUUUUGAUGCUUUGGACCUGCCUGUUUUCCCGCUGCUUCAACUACUUACAUCAGUCCCACAUCUGUCAUCUCUCUCUUUCUAAUAUUCUAAUAUCUAAUAUUAGUGUUAAAACUGGCAAACAGAAAAGGGCAAACCCCAGUCUGUAUAUAUUUUAACCCUUCAGUGAUCCAAUUUAAACCUAUAUGGAGCAUUUAGAGCAUUUCACUUGCACUUCACACCUUUUCUUUCUGUACUUGGCCUAAAAGAAGACAGGAACAACAUGUUUAGAGCUGUUAAACCCACACAGCUGACAAAUUUCACGCUUGGCACAAAGGGAAACCUCAAACAUGUUUCUGCGCAGAUAACAAAAAGGAAGAGACUGUUUAUUCUGUCAGAGAUCAGUUGAUCUGUGAUUUGAAGUUCAGACAGACGGAGCUGCAGAAAUUAAAUCUAAUAAUUUCUCAAACAGCAGCGUUGGUUUCAUCAUGACAAGCAACUGCUCAUUUGAAAGUCAUCUCUCUCUUUCUGCGUCUACCUCUAUCCUCUCAGAGGAUAGCGGCAGAUGAAUGUCUAACAUGAGUCUGGUCCUGCUCAAAGUCUCUGCCUGUUAAAAGGAACUUUUUUCCUCUCCAGUGUAACUUAGUAAAUGCUGCAAAGUGUUAAAUUGAUGUGGUUAAAUAUGGGAUGGAAGGAUCUGAUCUUAUUCAAUCUUAUCCCGUCUUUACAUUGGGUCUUUGUAAAUAGAGGAUUAUCUAGACCAGCUUUUUUUUUGUUAAGCAUCUAAUGGUAACACUGGCUGGCAAUUGUUGUUAUAUAAAUAAAGCUAUAUAAGCUAUAUAAAUAUAAUAGGUAGAGAUAGUUUGGAGGUGAAGUUUGGAGGUGAAUCUUUAGUUUCAAAUAUACCUGAAAAUAAGAUGUAUGAUGGAUGAUUAAAAAACUCAGCAUCAACAAGGUGUUAAGAGAUCUCUCUAUAUAAAACUACAACAGCUCACACUGCUCCAGUGUUAUUGUAUGUUUAAAAGACUUUCAUACACACAAUAUCCUAGAUUGACAUGUCUCUGUCCUCCAUGUGACACUGUUCAUGUAACUGCAGGUGCACCAAGGAGUGAUCGAGGACUGUGAAAACAAGACCAGGAUCAGCCUGUUCAUCCAGAUCACCCUGUGCCUGUCCAAUGUCACCUGCUGUCUGGACGCUUUGUGCUACUACUUCAUCGCUCAUGAGGUCAGAAGCACCAAAAACACCUUCAGGCUGUCAGUGAUGAGCCAAAGAAGAGCCACCUUCAGCACUUCAGAGGUCUGAACACCGAACACAGAUCAAGUUAAAGUAAAUCUGUUGGUGUUGAUGCCACCAACUGAGAACGAAGUGCGGUUUGUGCUAAUGUGUAAGAGGUGGAGAGAAGCAGGUUAGAGGGCAAUCUGAGUUAACCACCUCUCGGCACAGCACUGAGAAUGAAGCUCAGAGGCGAGUUUCAGACAAUUACAGAAACUUGAUUUGGUCCACUGGCAGGAAACUGGUAGCACUUCUAACCUCAUUGCGCUGUGAGACCUGGUAAGUAUGCAGCAAAAAAAGUACCUUACCACUAAGCUAGAGAGUGACUUAGUUCAGUGAUUUAAAAACCAGGGGACUUGAAGCACACGAUCCAGUCCUGCAAUUUUGCAUUCUAUGAAAACCAAUGUUGGCUUGAUACAGAGCUCAGAGUCUACUGUGUGAGCCUUAAGAAGUCAUAUAGCCAAGUUAAAGAGAAAAGCAGCCGUUCAAGAUCAGGUUAGAUACUUUACAGAACAAAUGGAUACAAAAGCUGAAACAUCUCAUCAUGAUAACUAUGAAAUGUUUUAAUAAUGUAUCCUCAAAUUAAUAGAAUUUUAUAUGAACAUAGAACAUAUACUUCAACAAAUGAUUGAACUUGUGCUAAGUAACUGAAGUGAAAUAAUACACAUUAAUUAGCACAUUUAUUUUUAUACUUGUAUAAAAUUUCCCAUCAUAUGUACCAUUAAUCUCACAGACACAUUAACUUAAUAGAAGUACUGUAUAUAUUGGUCUUAAUAGUUUCUUAGAAUUAAGAAAAACAUGUUAUUAGAAGCUUUAAACAGUGUUCACAUCAUUUGUUUACCAUAUUUCAGUUUAAUAGUUUCUCAGUUUUGCACUUCAUUACAUUGAGACUUUUGAAAAGGUCUCAAAUAAGGUGCCAAAUAUGUGGAAAGGUCAGAGGGAUGUUUUAAGAAUGUAAAUUGUUUGCAUUAGUUCUUAAUUAUUUGUACUUCCUCAGAACACCAGUAUAAAUGUGUGUAAUGUACAAUUAUGUAACCAAUGUAAAUAUAAUUAAAUAACUAUAUCUUUUACAUUUUUGUUUAUUUUUUAUUUUUCAUUUUUAAGAUGAGGCUCCAAACAUGCAAUAGUGUUAUACCCCAUAAUACCCCACCAUCAGAAAUAAAAACAUCAACCGUAUCCAAAGCUUUCAACACUAAAACAAAACUUUGGCUGAAAUGAUGACAAAUCUGUGAACUCACAUGUUCUGAAUUUUCACUUUGCAUUAUUAGCAUGACUGCUGGUCCAUGUCUGUUAAAUUUUAUUUGUUUAAAAUAUGAAAAAGAUGUAAAUGCUUUCAUCUCUGUGGCUGAAUAGACAGCUGUGCAUGCAGAACAUUAAGCUGCUCCGUCUUGUAUUGCUGAUGCUGAAUGCUUGUAUUGCGGGGAGGUGUUUUUUUUAAGACACUGCAUGUUGAUGCUGUUUGAAUUAAAAAAAAAAAAGUGUCAGCUCUCUUUGGUAACUGAAGACAGGAGAGUUUUAUAGUUUUUAGGUUUACAUGCAUUACCUGAUACUGUAGAUACUUGAAUUUUGCACUCAUCCUUAUUUUUGUGGACUUUCACAUUAAUUCCUUAGUGUUACUUUCUGUCUUAAACUUUUUUUAAAAUGUGAAAUCUUUUUUUUUUUAAAUCAAUUUGGUCAUAAGGUGGGUGGCACAUUUUGUCUCGUGAGCCUGGAUGAAAACACAAGAUCUUGACAUGAAAUUACAUGUCUUGUAAUUGAAAGUCCUUGCAAAAGUUUGCACACAUGUGUGUCGACGCUUACAAGCACUUUAAGUUUGCAGGGCAUCACUUUUGAAACCAAAUCUCUCUCUUCCACUGAGAGUCUAAAAUCUGCAACCACAGCAGAUGUGUGAGUCAUUUUCAUCAUGCUGAGGCGCAGAAUCUUGAUCUAGACCACUGAUAAAAGGCAGCAUAUAAAGUAAAGGCAGUUUGUUUAAAGAGGUUAAAUAAUGUUUUUUAGGAUGUUCACUUUGGAAAUAUAAAGGUUUGGUUCCUCUUUCUGUGA